CGGGAAAAGCAGACGGCGUCACCGCGGCUUCACAGAGCGUUGCGUAGCGGCCAGAGACGCGGCAGUGCGCGACGUUCCCUUUCGACGGCCGCCGCUCUCAUCCGACCGGUCUCACCGCGCGUACGCUGCCUGUGGCCGACAGAUUCGGGAGUCCCUCCCCCCACCCCCAUCCUUCUCCGUUGUUGCCGGCGCUGUGACCUGGCGCUGGCGGCUAGCGCGGACCCACUUUUGCGCUGAUUCCGAGUCGUCAUCUCCAUCGGCUUCACAGCGCCAGCCGGAGCAGCCAUGGGUCUGUCGCGCAAGCCCGCGGUGCGUGCGCGGCAGAUACACGGUGUGAUCAUCGUGGCGGCUGUCUUCUGGAUCAACAUGUUCGUGCUGGGCUUCUUUCGCGCCAGCGGCGUGCUCUACGUGGCCAUGGUGCGCACCUACCACUGCAGCCACGAGCAGGCAUCGUGGCCCUUCAGCCUCGCAGGGGCCACGCUCUGCAUGACAGGACCCAUAGCUGGCGCCCUGAGCCGGUUUUUGUCCAUUAGGGCAAUCGUGACGACAGGAAUCGUCACCACAGGCAUCGCUAUCAGCUGCUGCUUCUUUGCAGACAACAUCGUGGUCAUCGUCGUACUUGUGGGCAUAUUCUACGGCGCCGGAACGGGGAUGGUCUGCAACCUGACACCAAUGUUGCUUACGGAACACUUCGAGAACCACCGUGCCAUAGCCUGCGGUGUGGCCUACUCGGGCUCCACCAUUGGCUCCUUUUUCUGGCCCGCCUUGCUCGAGUACCUCAUCAACGAGUUCGGGCUGCGCGGAGCGCUGCUCAUCUACGGCAGCACCAUCCUACACGGCAUCAUGGGCUCCAUCUUGCUGACGCCCCUCUCCCAGGCGGCGCGCAAGGAAAGCGAAGCCGACAACGUCAAGCCAGACGGCGAGGACGAGAAGAUGCUCGAGCCGCUCCGCGAGAAGUGUCAGAGCCUCGACUUCCACCCUUUCCAGAACGGACACACCAACACGCACGGCGGCAACAUCGGAAGGCGCUACUCUUCGCGCAUGUCCGUUCGCUCUGCCCUCGGUGACAACGACAGUGCGUGCGCAGUGUCCGUGUCCGGCCUCUGCAUGGUGGUCUCCGAUGGCGAGCAGUGGCACAGCCGGGAGGAACAUCUCGACCGCAGGUGCAGUCCAGCGACCAGUCUGAGGAAGCUGAACGAGCCCAGCCCCCUGGCCCCGCUGUGGGAGGCAGCGCCCGACACUGCUCUCAACAGCCCGCACAACGGGAAGCAGCCUACGAAGGUCCCGUUGGCCGACGACGGGGCCGUCACUGCUUCUCUGUGCGGAAACAUCAUUCGCGUUGUGUUAAACGACUUGAAGCUGCUGGGCAACCAGUACUUCAUCUUAGUUACCACUUCGGCAGUAGGCUUUUUCUUCGUGUUCAGCACGUUCAUUAUCAUUAUUCCUGACUACGCCACGGACAAGGGCCUGUCUAUAAGCGAUGGAGUGUUUCUGCUCUCUGUGUAUGGCAUAUCGGACCUGUUUAGCAAGCCGAUUCCUGGUAUUUUGGCGUACAAGAAAAUAAUGGACAACAAAGGAAUCUUUAUUAGUGGAGGAAUCAUCACGGGCUCGACAAUGAUCAUCAUGCCCUUUAUGGACAGCUACUGGUUCUUUGUGGUGAUGACCCUGCUGUUCGGCCUUGUGACCGGUGGACUCAUAUUUAUGACUCCUGUCCUUCUCACCGAGUUCCUUGGACCACAGCUAGCAGUUAUGGCCUUUGGACUAUGCAACCUCUUCAUCGGCAUCACUUGUCUACUUAGACCCUUCAUCAUAGGUUACUUCAAAGACAACUGGCACAGCUAUGACGGCCUCUUCUACACCAUGGCGGUAGCGUGCAUUCUGUCUUCGCUCAGUUGGUACGUUGGGCCACUGGUGGACAAAGUAUGGACGUGUGUGAGCAAGCCAAGCAAGCCCACCCGGCCACAAGAAGUCUGAAGAGUUGAUGUGCGCCAAAACGAAGGCGGAACGUUACUAAUGUGUCACGCUUGAGAGAACGGUGGGACUGACGUCUCAGACGCCGUUUUCGCGCGUGAAGGGAUACGUUUCUCUGUGCGCUACUUGUGUUGUGUCUCGUGAACUGUCAAGGUGCUUGCACAGCAGAGAAACGGAGGCCAAGUCAGCGUUCCUCACUUUCCCCAUUGUGAACACGGACUGCGACAGCCAUCGCUCGGAACUGCAUCAUUGUUGCUCAGCUGUGAUUUGCAAACAUACUCGUUAUGCGCUAAAAUCAUAUUAAGACCACUUUGCAUAAUUAUGUUGUCAUUAUUAAAUACAUCAUUGUUGCUGCUGCGGU